CUUUUAUUUUGAAGAGUACCGGCCCGGAAAUCCUGUUGUUUUUGCGAUAAAGUGACAACACAAGUCGGUUCUUUAAAGCUGGAUACGUACGUUUCAUCAAGGAAAUACACAGAGCAUGGAUCUCCUUGGAAAAGUGGAAAUCUACAUCCCAGUGGACGCUGAGGUGAAAAGCUUCCCUAUGUGGGGUUUACCUAAAUCAGUGCUUAAACGAAUUGGCCUCCCCCUGUCUGACUCUGAGGGCUCUGGGACGCUCACAGACUCUCCAGAAGGCAUAUGUAUUUGUCCAGCAAUCAUACGGAGGAAAGGCCAGAAACUUGUCUCCCACACAGGAAACGGUGGGACAGAAAACGCAUCGCUGCUGCACACAGAGUUUCGGUCCGGACAAAUGUCCUUUGUCUGCCCCAACCGCACAGCUUACAAGGUGCUGAAGGACACCGUGCCUGGGAAAAAGGUCUCUGCACACACAUCUCACACCUCCCAGUUACCUCAGGGCUCGGCCCCGGAUAAGUACAAAGAUGCUGUCGUCAUCUACCAUGGACAUGUUUACCUGUCCACCAGGAGGUCCAAUCAUAGCCGGAGUCAACGAGAGACACGUGAACCAAAGCCAUCUUCCCACUCUACCAUUCCUAAACGCCUAAAGAAGCGGCGGUCUCCUCAGGCUCGCCAUGAUCCUGCAGACAAAGAACUACAAAGGAAGAAAUUGCGUGUCACUUUGCCCCAAACCUCCAUAAAACCGCUACAGGAUCUUCUCACCAAAACAGAUAAUCACUCCACCACGGACCAGGAGCUGCUACAUGACAACACGCCCAAAAACCCCCCCACCGCGUGUAAAGUAACACACGGUGAACACGAGAAGGAUGUUUUUACGCACAAGAAAGUUGAUGUGUCGUCAUCCACAGCUGCGUAUUCGACUGCUGAUGGAGAGCAGGCAGCGGCGGAGGAAGCAGCCGACGCAGAGCCAGCAUGGUUUCAGCCUCCGGAGGAGGAGGAGGAGGAGGAGGAGGAGGAGGAGCAGGAGGCCAACGAUGACGGGGCUGAACGUGAGCUACCGGACCUGGACGAUGAAGAAGCUAAAGCUGACUAUCUACAAAUUGAAAAAGUUCUUGAUAUUGUGGAGAGUAGCAGCUGGAUCGAGAGAGAGUCUCGGGGUGCAGCUCGCACCUCCACAUCGCUACAGGAGGAGUACGACUUUAAGGAGCUGGCGGAGGAGGAGAAGAUCGCUAGAAUGACGGCCAAACUCAGACAGAGCGAAGCUGCCCUCCUUAUAAUGACAGCUCAGUCCAAGUGAGCAACAGUUCCCUAAACUUAAAACUCACGUUAAGAUAUUUACCCUUGAACUACGGCCGCUCAGUCAGAGUGAGAAAAAAUCCAGCAAUGAUGCUUUAGUUCCCUAAACAUUAAACUUACGAUAACUAACAUCAUAAUUAACUCAUGUUAAAGGACAAAUCCGACGCAAAAUGAACCUAGGGGUUAAUAACACGCGUACCAAGUCGACCGUUCU